AAUGCCGACACGUCGUUUCAUUGAAUAGACAGAUUUUCCAUUCGCAGCAUAUUGCGAGCGGCGGUGUAGAAAUCAGCAUACUGGAAAUUGCCGUUCGUCGCAGUAAGCAAGCCGAACGGAAAACCUAGCAGAAACCUUCUGGUUCCUCUUAGCUUCAAGCCUCCAUUUCCACAGUUCACAGCUCGAGCAGAGAUACAAGGACGGCCAUGAGUCGCUGCACUUUCUCCUCGGACGAUAUAGUGGUGAAGUCGCCCAAUGACAGAAGGCUGUACAGGUUUAUUCAGCUGGAGAAUGGUCUAUCUGCUCUGCUCGUCCACGAUCCUGAGAUAUAUCCAGAUGGAUGCCCCAAGCUUUCGGAAUCAGUUGAACACAGCGACGAAGAGGAUGAAGAAUGCGAGGACGAGGAGGAGGAAGGAGAAGAAGGCGAAGACAGUGAAGGAGAAGACGGAGACGAUGAUGAAGAGGAUGAAGAUGAAGUAGGAGAGGAGGAGGGUGACGAAGGUACUGAUAAUGAAGAAAAAGGGAAGGGGAAUAAAGCUGCUGUUCAGACUAAGAAGGCUGCAGCUGCAAUGUGCGUAGGAAUUGGCAGCUUCUCUGAUCCUUUUGAAGCGCAAGGACUUGCUCAUUUUCUAGAACACAUGCUUUUCAUGGGAAGUGCUGAUUAUCCAGAUGAAAAUGAGUAUGAUAGUUAUCUAUCGAAGCAUGGAGGUUCCUCAAAUGCGUAUACAGAAGCAGAGCAUACAUGUUACCAUUUUGAGGUGAAGCGGGAGUUUCUUAAAGGUGCUCUGAAAAGGUUUUCACAGUUCUUCAUUUCGCCUCUAGUAAAAAUUGAAGCCAUGGAAAGAGAGGUACUUGCUGUUGAUUCAGAAUUCAACCAGGUUUUGCAAAAUGAUGUCUGCCGCCUUCUACAGCUUCAAUGUUGUACAACUGUGCCUGGUCACCCUUUUAACAGAUUCUUCUGGGGUAAUAAGAAGAGCUUGGUUGAUGCAAUGGAAAAGGGUAUCAAUCUGCGAGAACAAAUAUUGAAACUGUUCGGAGAUUAUUAUCAUGGUGGACUAAUGAAGCUGGUUGUCAUUGGUGGAGAGCCUCUGGAUGUACUUGAGAGUUGGGUUGUCGAAUUGUUUAGUGAUGUUAAAAAAGGUGUUCAAGUAAAACCAGAGUUCACAGUAAAAGAUCCAAUCUGGCAAGCAGGGAGGCUUUACAAGCUAGAGGCUGUUGAAGAUGUUCAUAUCCUUGACUUAGCAUGGACGUUGCCAUGCCUUCAACAUAAUUAUCUGAAGAAGCCUGAAGAUUAUAUAGCACAUAUCCUUGGGCAUGAGGGCAAGGGAAGCUUGCAUUUCUUUUUGAAAGCUAAAGGAUGGGCAACAUCUUUAUCUGCUGGUGUUGGAGAUGAAGGAAUGUAUCGGUCUUCUAUAGCUUAUGUAUUCGGAAUGUCAAUAUAUCUGACUGACUCAGGUUUAGACAAGAUCUUUGAGAUUAUUGGAUAUGUCUACCAAUACCUCAAGUUGCUACGUCAAAUUUCUCCUCAAGAGUGGAUCUUUAGGGAACUUCAGGACAUUGGAAACAUGGAAUUUAGGUUUGCUGAGGAGCAGCCUCAGGAUGACUAUGCUGCAGAACUAGCAGAGAAUUUGUGUAUUUAUCCAGCAGAASAUGUCAUUUUUGGGGAUUAUGUACACAAGAUAUGGGACGAGGAUUUGGUCAAAUAUGUUAUUGGUUUCUUUACACCAGAAAACAUGAGGAUUGAUACAUUAUCAAAAUCUUUUAGUAARUUGGAAGGCUUCAAAAUUGAACCCUGGUUUGGAUCACAUUAUAUUGUGGACGAUAUUGCUCCCACUUUGAUGGAUCUGUGGAGGGACCCUCCUGAAAUUGAUGCUUCACUUCAUCUACCUGCAAAGAAUGAAUUCAUUCCAUGUGAUUUUUCCAUUCGUGCUACUAAAGAUCUUCCCCACGCAUCCUCUCCARCAUGCAUACUUGAUGAACCAUUGAUGAAGUUCUGGUACAAGCUGGACAAUACUUUUAAACUUCCUCGGGCAAAUACAUAUUUCCGUAUUAAUUUGAGUGGAGGAUACAGUAAUGCAAAAAAUUGUCUCUUGACCGAGUUAUUUGUUCACCUCCUUAAGGACAAGCUGAAUGAGAUUAUAUAUCAGGCUAGCAUUGCCAAGCUAGAAACUUCUGUAGCUAUUUAUGGUGACAAGCUGGAGCUGAAGGUGUUUGGUUUCAAUGAUAAGCUUCCUAUUCUCCUGUCUAUACUUCUGGCAACUGCUAAAUCAUUUAUGCCUUCUGAAGAUCGUUUUAAGGUUAUUAAAGAAAAUAUGGAGAGGACUUUGAGAAACACMAAUAUGAAGCCUCGAAGCCACUCGUCAUACUUGAGAUUACAAGUUCUGUGUGAGAGAUUCUAUGAUGCASAUGAGAAAAGUAAUGUUCUAAACGGCUUGUCUUUUGUCGAUUUGGAGGCGUUUAUCCCUGAGCUUCUAUCCCAGCUAUAUAUUGAGGGACUUUGCCAUGGAAAUUUCUUAGAAGAGGAAGCAAUUAGCCUGUCUAACAUAUUUAAAGCCAACUUCUCUGUACAACCACUUCCUCUUGGAAUGAGGCAUUACGAGCGUGUAAUAUGUUUCCCUCCUGGUGCUAAUCUUGUCAGAGACGUCAGUGUGAAAAAUAAAUUGGAGAGAAAUUCCGUGCUGGAGCUGUACUUUCAAAUUGAACCGGAGGUUGGAAUGGAGGCGAUCAGACUGAAAGCCCUGAUUGAUUUAUUUGAUGAAAUCAUUGAGGAACCACUUUUCAAUCAGCUAAGGACAAAGGAGCAACUUGGUUAUGUUGUCCAAUGCAGCCCACGGAUAACAUAUCGCGUAUAUGGUUUUUGUUUCUCCGUUCAAUCAUCCGAGUACAGUCCAAUAUUUUUGCAAGAGAGAUUUGAGAACUUCAUAACUGGCUUGCAAGAAUUACUGCRUGGUCUUGAUGAAGCUUCUUUUGAGAACUACAAAAAUGGACUAAUUGCUAGGCUUCUGGAGAAGGAUCCAUCACUCUCUUAUGAAACCAAUAGAUUAUGGAAUCAAAUUGUUGAUAAGAGGUACAUGUUUGAUUUCUCCGAGAAAGAAACUGAGGAGUUGAAGAGCAUUCAAAAGAACGACAUUAUAGAUUGGUACAAGACAUAUUUACAGGAAUCAUCUCCCAAAUGUCGGAGACUUGCAAUUCGAGUAUGGGGUUGCGAGGCAAACUUGAUGGAGGCCGAGACGCCACCGAAACCCCUAGUAGCCAUUAAAGACCUCGAAGCUUUUAAGUCGUCGUCUAUGUUUUACCCAAGCUUUUGUUGAGAGCAGGCAGAUGAAAAAGUAGCUUCAUAAGUAGCAGUAAACCACAAGUGUUGGUUUUCAUUUAUUCUUUUUAGAAAGGGAAUUAUUAAUACCCUUGGAAGAGAGGUAGCAAGAUGUAUGAGAAGAGGGGGAAUAAUAAUAAUUAGAGUAUUUGGAGGGUUUUGACCAAUUAAAAAUAAUCAUUAAAUUUUUCUAUGACGCUCUUCUUAGUAUCUCAACAAAGAUUUAUUCAA